GUUCACUGUUCUGCCCAGUACUGCUGCUACAGUCACACAUUUAGAUCAGGUGGUGGUAGGAGUGCAGAUGUCUUUCUCUGCUCAGAGAUGGGGAACCUUCUAUGGGGAAAAAAAGAGGAAAAGAUGGACUGGAGUGAUUCUGAACAUACGUCUGACGGCCCUGGGGAUCUCGCUUCUCCUGAACCAGCUUGGACCGGUUUGGACCCAGAAAGGAACACAGUCACAAUGGCUCCAACUACUGCAAUAGGAUUACAACAGGAAGGAGAAUCAAGAGCCAGACUAAAAGAAGACCUGCUUAAGAGACUUGACCUUGAUCUGAAAUAUAACAACAAGCUAACCAAAGGAUGCUUCCUUGAAAUAACCCCAUCAUUACAGAACAAUGAGUGCAGAACUGAGAAGGAUCUUGUUCACACUUUUAUUCAAAGGCUUCUGACCAUAGAUUAUAGAGCAAGAUACCUCUCUGUUAAAAAUGACCCAACAAUACCAAAGUCUCAUCCAGCUGGAAAAUGUGCAUUUGGUGCCCUUUCAAACAGAAAUGCUGGAAACAAAGAAAAGAAACAAGCUCAUGUUCACCCAAUGGAUGUUGAAAUGGCAGUGUUUCAUUGUUCAGAUAAUUUCCUUCAGCAGAUCAUGGUAACUAAGCUGUCUCAGUGUCAGUAUGCAGUUCCUCUGCUGCUUCCAAAUCCUUUUACUGGACAGAUUGAAUUCCCUCUGUGGACGAUGCGUCAGAUCAGUAAGAGUUGGAAGACUAUGGAUACUUCUGGCAGAGUCACCAGUAAGACCCUGCCCAUGUACAAAGCUCAAACUCCAGUGGUCACGUUCUUCAGGAUUGGUUCGAUUUCUUCAUCAAAGUCUCAGCUGAUGAACAGGCUUAUCAAUGAGAAGCACGACACGUUCUUCCACCGGGACUGUCCCGGCAGCAGCAGAGAGCGUCUACUGAUGGAUGAAGUGGUGGAGAUUGGAUGGUACCUCCCAUCUGGGAACAGCACUGAUUAUUUCUCAGACUGUGUAGCAUUCUGUAAUCUACAUGGAGAUUCCAGCAUCAACGAGACUCAGAGAAAGAUUCUUACAGAAAUGUCCUCUGUGAAUGUUGUACUUUUACCUCAACUUGAUGAGAAUGACAACAAUAUGGUUAUUGUGAAGGAACUUUGUGAAGGUUUAACUCCUCUCAUAGUUAUUUUGACUGAUGAAGAGGAUGAUUCUGAAGAUGCUGUAUCUGAGAUUGGCGAAGGAAAAUACAGAGUAUCACUGAAGGGCAGAAAUCAGUCUGAUGUUUCUGUUGCUCUCAGAGAAGUUAUCAAGAACUGCCUCUCAGAACAGCUUGUGACCUUCAGUGUGGAGAAGAUAGCAGAACAUUCAGAAAUAAAGUUAGAUGAGGAUAAUGAAGACUGUCAUAGAGGAAAGGAAGCUGCACAACAGAUAAUGAGAUUACUGAAAAGAGAAGAUCCAUCAACAGUCAAAGAAAAGUAUCUGCCCUGCCAGGGGAAACUAUGGCAUGACUGGUGCAAAAAAAACAAGGACCUGCGACGUCUUAAAGGUGACAACUUAGAAUUAGAGAAAAGCAGAAAGGAAGCAGAAAUGAAGGAAAUAAGAAUCAAACAGCAGAAUCAUGGUUUCAGUGAACUCAUGCGGUUAGUUGUAGAAAGUUUAGACUUGCUGUCAGGAAGUGGGAAAAUGUAUUUCCUCAAGUGGCUGGCAAUCCUACUGGAUGAUUUCACUUCAGACACACUAUCUGCCCUACUGAAAGAGUACCACCAAAAAUGGUCAGAGGUGUUGGCUUUAAAAAAAAAGCAUGACAAAUUUGAGGAUGAAAAAACAAAAACUAGACUUAAACAUAAAUUAGACAAACAAACUUAUGAUUUCUCCAAAAAAAUGCAUCUGGAACAUGACAAAACAGAUCAACUGAAAACUGAACAACUAAAUCUAGAAAAGAUCUCCAACAAGCUUAAUUCUGCCACAUUUGGUUUGGAGCACAUGCUGAGAGAGAUGGGUCAGAUUUAUGAAGCUUUAGUCUCUCAGAAAAGAGGAACGAAAAGAAAAAGAAAUGUAGACUAUACUGGCCUUCCUAAACUUGCUGCUGAACUUAUGAUAUCUGGCCACCCGAUGGAGCUGAUGGACGGUGAUGCUGCUCAUGUUCCUCUGGUCUGGGUUUCAGCAGUUCUGGAUAAGGUCAUCAGAAAACUGGGAGACCAGAGAGUCUUUGUGUUGUCAGUUCUGGGAAUUCAGAGCUCAGGGAAAUCCACCAUGCUCAACGCCAUGUUCGGACUCCAGUUUGCAGUCAGUGCUGGAAGAUGCACCAGAGGAGCCUUCAUGCAGCUGGUGAAAGUGUCUGAAGAGAUGAAGGAGGAACUGAAGUUUGACUACAUUCUGGUUGUUGAUACUGAAGGUCUCAGAGCUUUAGAGCUGGCAGGAAAAGACACCCUACAUCAUGAUAAUGAACUGGCAACAUUUGUUGCAGGACUUGGAAACAUGACUUUGAUCAACAUCUUUGGAGAAAACCCAUCAGAGAUGCAGGACAUCCUUCAGAUUGUUGUUCAGGCCUUUAUGAGGAUGAAGCAGGUCAGAUUGAAUCCCAGCUGUGUGUUUGUUCAUCAGAAUGUUACUGAUGUUGCAGCUGGAGAGAAAAUGAUGGAGGGAAGAAGGCGGUUACAAGACAGACUGGAUGAAAUGACCAAGUUAGCUGCAGAAGAUGAAGUGUGUGAUGCAGAAUGUUUCAGUGACAUCAUUGCAUUUAACGUACAGAAGGAUGUGAAGUACUUUUCUCAGCUCUGGGAGGGCAGCCCACCCAUGGCUCCACCAAACCCACGCUACAGUGAAAAUGUUCAGGAGCUGAAGAGAGACAUUGUUUCUCGUGCAUCAAAAACAAACUGCAUGAAAUUAUCACAGUUUCAGCAGCGAGUGAAAGAUCUCUGGGAGGCUCUGCUGAAUGAAAACUUUGUCUUCAGUUUCAGGAACACACUAGAGAUAUCAGUGUACAGGAAACUGGAGGUGGAGUAUGAGAAAUGGACCUGGAGUCUCAGGAGUGCCAUGCUGAGUAUUGAAGACAAGAUGCUGAACAGAAUCUCCAGUGGAAAGGUGGAAGCAGUAGAAAAACAAGAGCUGAUGAGAGAAAUGUCAGAAACCCUGCAGAAAGUACAAACAUCAUUUAAAAAGUAUUUUGAAGAAGACAGUGAAAGACAAACUCUGAUUCAGUGGAAAAGCAGAUUUGAGAAGCAAAUACAGCAUGUCCAUGAUGACCUCAUAGAUGAGGCCAAAAGAAAACUGGAUGAGAAUAUCAAACAGAAAAACAUCCGGAAAAAUCUGGAUGAGCAGCUGAAAAAUCAUGAGAAUACUCUCUUUGAAAAGAGUAAAGAACUUGCUUUGAAGUUUAAAGAUCAGAGUGAAAACAAAAAACAGAAUUUGAGAGACCUGAAAGCAGAAUUUGAUUCAGUGUGGGGAAAGUGGGUCUCUGAUUUAACUAAAGAUGUUCCAGAAAUCAAAGAUAUAAACAUCUCAAAUGAUGUCAUUAACAUUUUGGGGGGGAUGUUUUCUGAAUAUGGUGUUGUUCUUGAUCAAAAGAAGAGAGCAGAGUACAGAAAGAUUCACAUUGUUGCUGAUUACAGCAGUUAUGUUUCUAUGAAAAGGGUCAAGUUGGGACCUGUUCCUUUAUGGAAACAGUCUCUUAAUCCAGAAGAUCAGAUAUCAAUACGAGAACUGAUUUCUAAAGUCAUCCAACAAACAACAGAAAAAGUGAAUUCAUUUCCAGUCUCAGUGCAGGGAUACAGCUCAGGCUACAUCCAGCAAAUUGUGCGUGAUGUCAAACAACGAGUGCAGGAGUUUAAACCAAGAGAUGACUCCUUUGAGUUUAAGAAAGAGUUCUUUGUGGAUCUCUCUCUUUAUGUGUGUGAACAAGCUGAGAAAUGCUUUGUAGAACUUCACAGGAAAUACAGAGAAACAAAUGAUCCAGUUCUUCACUUCAAAAUGAAAAAAGCUGAGUACUUUAAAGUUUUCAUGAACUACUAUCAGGGAGCAACAUCUGCAGCAGUGCUUGGAGACCAAAUCUGUGUUAAACUGAAAGAAACAAUCCUGCAGAGUGUGUACAACAUGAUCGCUAAAUUCAUCUGUGAUCAGAUGAGAGGAAAACCUCCAUUUAAUGGGAACAGAGGAGAUCUGGAGAAGCACAUUCUGAAGUCUCUGGCAGAGCAGGAGGGAGAUAAGGAGGAGAAGUUUAAUAACUUCUUAACAUACAUGAACCAGCCGAAGAUCCACUUUGAAAAUUUCAUCAGAGACAGAGUUAGACAGUACAUGGCAGCAGAAAACCCUCAGGCAGUCUCUGUAAUAAAAGAACACAUCAACCACAAACAGAGAAUUGUCAUCAGUGCAGCAGAAGAGGCCAGAAAUGAAGUCAAACUCAUCAGUGGCGAUAUCAACAAGUGGCUGGAGAUUUUCUCCAACAGUCUUGUAGAUGAGUUAGGAGAUACUAGAGUUCACCUGAGUGAUGAUGUCACUAAGAAUGUCACUGAUUAUGAUGUUCUUGUAGAUGUUAUAAAAAAAGAGCUCUUGGUUGUUGUUAAAGGGCUAAAAGUAAACCUCUGUAAACUUUCAGAUCUGAGAAAGGAGAUGUUCAGAGAAAAGCCUGAGGAGAUUCUGAUUAAACACUUCUGCAGGUGCUGUUGGAAGCAGUGUCCCUUCUGUGGAGCCGUCUGUACCAACAGUCAAGAAAAUCAUACUGAAAAACACCAGGCUGAAUUCCAUCGCUCAGGUGGAAUGAAAGGAUGGCAUUUUAGAGGCACAACCGAGUUUUCUAUAAACUUUUGUACAACAAAAGUAGCAACAGAUAACCUGAAUUUUUUUACAGGCAACCCAGAGAAGAAAUACCCUUAUAGAGAGUUCUGGACUGCAGGAGGAGAGUACGCUGAAUGGAGCAUCUCUGCAGAUUUUUCUUCUCUGGCCUACUGGAAAUGGUUUGUUUGUGAAUUUCACGAAAACCUUGAAAAAUACCACAACAAAACCUUUAGUGGAAAAGGAGAGAUUCCGCCUGAAUGGAAAACUCUUAUUCAGUCUGAGGCAGUUGCAAGUUUAGGAAUAAUUAAAUAAACUGCAACCAUUCUGGUAAUUACAGAACACUGGUUUUGAGUUUUGACACACAUGAUAACACAAAAUCCUAUGGAUCUCACCUGGCAAAAUGAAACCAACUACACAGAACAUUACUUUGCUCCAUCAACUACAGCUGGGAACCAUCUUACUGUACUGAGGACAAAACCACAGAAGAGCUACAGAAAAAUGUCACAAAUUAUAAUUAAAUCUACAGGCUGUUCAGUGUGCCUUAACAUCAUUCACAUGUAUAAUAUGGUAACAUGAUCUGUAUCUCACUGGUAUAACAGCACUUUUAACUUGUUAGUUGUAUUAAAAUAAGGAAAAGAGUAUUUUGUAACCAUAAAUUGUAUCAUACAUUGUAACUCAGGAAUUCUUUAGAUUAUGUAAGUAAUAUCAUAAUCAGAAUCAACAAACAUGACUACUAUUUACACCAGCAUGAACUCAGAAUACAAGACAACGUACUUAACCAUAUGGACCAGUCUGAAUUUUCCUUAUAGUUUAAUAGUUGUUUAAUUAUUGUAGCUUCUUUUACUGAGUAUGGUUGUAUAAUCUGCAUGUCACAUAUUGGGACAGUAAGGCUAAUUUCAUUAUUUUCUGCUGUAGACUGAAACCAUUUGGGUUUAUUGAAAUAUGAAUAUAUGAGAAGAAAUAUCAACAUUUUUAUGUCCAGGUAUUUACAUCUGGUUUAGAAGAUAGCGCCUAUCUGAAUCCAUCCAUUUUUCUUGUAAGCAGAAGUAUAGAAACCGAUAAACUUGAAAUAGAUUGAAGUGAAAAAGACUUAAUAAAUAGUUGCAAAUCAUUUUCUUGCAAUAAAUGCAACAUCUGUGACCCAAUGA